UUUUUUGACUUGUCUUAAAAAACACCAAUUUUUGGAUCUAAAAAUGGAUGCAGCAAAUCAUUCUUUGUCUAACGACAUAAAACCCCCCAAAACUUCUUUAAUUUUAAAUACAAAUCAAUUGGACGAAUUAACAAAUCAAUUAAAAAUUUUAAGUAUUGAUGAUUUGUCCAUAAAUAAAAUUGUGGAAAAUUUAAAAACAAUUAAAACGGAGCCGCAUGUGAUUGAUGAACUUCAAAAUUUUAUUCAAGAAAAUGGCUUGUUUGGUUUCGUAUUAAAUCAAAUGACCUUUACUUUUGACUCCAAAAAUUUAAAUAUUAAUUCGAUUUUUCUGGAUUCAUACUUACAGCCUUCAUACAACAGUUUGACCUUGGCCACACAAAUUGACCAACUUGCUGAGGAGAUUAUUAAUAUAAACGAACAUAUCAAAUGCAACAAAAAGGCUUUAGUCGGAACUAGCGGACAGAUGAAGCAGUUUGUUCUGGCGGAGCAGGAGAAAUUAAUGAACUGCAAGGCUCGAUUACUCUACGCUAUGCAGCGUUUACAUGAUCAGGCUAUAGCGAGGGCUGAUGGAUUAAUUCGGGUACUUUUUUCUCUAAAUAAUUGCAAAUAA